AUGAAGUUCGCUCGGUAAGGAGAGGUGGAGAAUGGGUGGGGGGAGGGGAUAAGGGAAAGGAGGGUUUAGAUUUUCUUGUCUUAAUCGUAUAAUCUUUAAAUAAAGGAGGAGGUGGGAGGGAUGGGGUGGAUAGAUCAGAGCGCCUGAAAUUAAUAAGAGCGGAAAUGAGGGGAGAUCCUGCAAAGUCUUGAGCAGCCUGUCUACUGUGGAGGGCUGGAUUAUAGACAUUCUCAUAUCACAGGUUGUCCGUCGGAGGUCCCAGAACGGGCCUAAUUGCGCACAGGAGAUCUGCCAGGGAUUCGGAGGUUAAAGAGGGGAGUGGGUGGGUGGUCUUUACAUAGAUUGAACCGAUAAGGUGAUAUCGCGACAAGGAAAAGGGGCUGGAGGGUGAUGGAGGAGAGGGGAAGGGAAGGGAAAGGGAGGAAAUUUAAAGAGAGAGAGAGAGGCGAAAGUGGGUGGCUAGUGGGUGAAUAAAGAGGCUUUAUUUAUUUAUUUAUUUAUUUCCCACCCACCCCCCAAAAGAAAGCGCCCCUCCCUCUCAGUGGCAAAGCUGUUCUCAUUAUGGUAAAAGAUAAGUUUUCCUCUCGAAGGAAACAUAUGAAAAAUGGCUGGAGUCCUUGUUUUGGCUGAGACGGAGGAGACGAGCAGGUUCGCUUCCUUACUACCGCAAGAUGGUGGAGGGGAUCAUGAGAAUUAAAUCUCGAUCGAGGUCAACCCAUAAUUUUAGGCUAUCCAAGUAGCUCCCCCCCCCCCCGCUUCCCAUUUUCUUCUCGUAUUGGCAGCGACGUGGGAGUGCGGUGGGGACGGUGGGGGCAAGGGAGGGAAAGCUGCAAACCAAACAAAAAAACCCCACGCCCUUGCAAGAGAGUAGAUUUCCAAGGGACUCAAUGGGACUUUGUUCCCAAAUAAUAUCAUAGCAAGAUCAUAACCGCAACGCCGGGGCCGCUAUAAAUUUCGCCUGGAUCUAUGGCCCUCCUCCAUAGUGGUAGCGGAUACAGUUGUUACUUAGCUGAGGCGGCAGUGCCGCAACGCCUCUGAACAAAAAAAACCCCAAACCCAAUCAUUUAUAUUGUCUUGACACCCGGCGUUCGUGCGUGCUGUUUAGCAAGGAUAUUGUUGUGGGAUGGGCGAGGAAUAUAACAACAAUCCUUCUCCUAGUCCAUUAGAGAAAAUGAACAGAUUUCCCAGUGACAGUUUCCAAAGCCGCUUAAUCUACACAGGGUGCGCGCGCGCGCUUGUGUGGCUCUUCCUAGACUAAUGCCAGAUGUGCGUUUGCAGCGCUAUCUGCAGUUCUUCCCCGUUUUGAACUUCCAGUCCUGUUUAUUUGUUUGUUUUGGGAUUUCUGCGUGGCGCAGAAGGCACGGGAGAGCUUUCUUUUCAUUCGUUUGCCCUGCAUGGCAGAGGAAAUUGGGAAGCAAAACUCCACCUCAAAAAAAGACGACCUCUGUUUGUUGUUUUUUUUAAAAUCAACACGGAAUAUACUUGUCCUUUCCUUUCAGUCCCACAUUAUCAAUUAGCGUUGCUUUAUUUUUGUUUUAAACAGCAGACUACUUGCAACGUUACCCACGAUGCGAGUCACUAUGAGGAGACAUCCUUAUGUGCACAUCCUUGAAGUCAACGGGAACUCCGAGUUUAAAAUAUUUAGUAUCGCGCUGCUAGCAUUUAAAGGUAUUUUAAGAACAAAGCCAAACAAAUCUGCAUCCUUUCCAGCGUGCAGUGGCCGCACAAUUUUGGAUUUGGUCUCCCUACAGCCACCCCUCUCGCUUACUGAAAUGGACAAUGCGACCAUGUGAGUUCCUAAACUCCUUACUGUAAAAAAAAUAUCCUUUUAUAUGCAGGCACAGAAUAG